GAACGCUAUUUAAAAAAGAAUCCUGCAACGUGAGAAUCUAAUGGUACUGCAAAAGGAUCUUUCUGGGAAUAACUAAAAUUAUGCAAUCUGUAUUUGCUGCUAGAAGGUGUUCAGCUGGGGAAAAUUAACCUGCUUGCUAACUGUUCUGUUUAGUUUCUGCACAGAAAGCUUGUUUGGACUUUAUGAUAUCCAUUACUGAGAAGGGAGUGCUUGCUCUUGUCCACUUACAGAAGAAUCUGUUUUAAACCACUUUUAUACUAGGACCCUCCGUUUCCAAGCUGGCUAAAGAGGAGCAAAAGAUACCUCUUCCAGAACUGCUAACUACCCUGGCUGAGAGAAGCAAUGCAAGCCCUGAUACGACCCAGCCGAUGCCGAUGGACCUCUAUGAGCCGGGAAGAGCAACUCAAGGAAGCCGCCAUGGCCUUUAUCCGCCUGUGUGCAGAACACGGCGAUGGUGAUAGCCCGAGGCAGCCUCACGCGUCCCCUCAGCUGGACCCCUACACGAGGGCCUCGGUGGCCUCGGUGGCCAGGCCAACACUUCCUGUGGCAAUCAAGCAAGGUCAGGCAGAAUCCAGCUUGCAAUCGGAGAACCCCGAGGAUUCCAGAGUUUCUAAGAAACCUGUGAUGAAAAGGAAAGUUCUGAGGCGAACGCCUGACGGAGAGGUGCAAGUGACAGACGAAUCGGUCACCAGCGAAACCGAAUCCAACGGUCCGAGUGACCCUGAGUGUGAAGACUUAAGUCAGCGAAUGUACCUUCUGAAUGCUCAGGAGGAGGGGGAGGAGGACCAGCCCCACGGUUCCCCUGAGUUAGAGGCAGCCUGUUCCUGGAGCACCUCGGAGGAGAGCCAGAGCCAGGGUUCCCGAAGAGAGGGCCAGAGCCGCAGCACUUCAUCCCUUGAGCAGGACCUGAUCCUAGCUGGCCACCCCAAGUCCUUCAUAUUACCGCGGUUGGAGCAGCUCAGCCGGAACAGAAUGAAGACCGAUCGGGUCGCCCGUUACUUGGAGCACAAGCAUGACUGGGAAUCCCUGCGGCUUCCAGGGGAAGAUCCCAGGAAAGGUGUGCGCUGGAGCAUCCGGGAACAGAUGCUCUACAAGUCAGAAUUGCCUCCUAAGGCUCAGCAUGUUUACCUGCCCAACAAUUACCUGGUGCCUACAGAGAAGAAGAGAUCGGCCCUGCGCUGGGGGAUACGCUGCGACCUGGCCAAUGGUGUGGUGCCUAGAAACACCUAUUCCUCCUAGAAAGCUGGAAUCUUUAGGAUCCCAUACACAGAAGUACUUAGUAUAUCCCAAAGAGCUAGCUGCUUCUAACAUGCAGCCAAGCUAUUUUUAUUUCUUUCCAAAUCCAAAUCCUGCCCACUGGAUCUUAAGAUCUGUCUUGGCUCUUGGAAUGGCUCCUUUCUGGAAAAAAGGAUUUUUUAAAACCUAUCCUUGUUAAGCAAUUGUCUCAGAUCAUAUUAUUUGAAUGUAAAUAUUGUCCCAUAAAAAGCCAGGCAGAAGAUGAACCAAAGCCCACUGAAGUAUAGUCAAGAAAAAGGCCUUAUUUAUUUUAUUUUUAUUUUUUGGAGAUCCUUCACACACAUUCCCUCUUUGAAGCAAUGAACUCCUGUACUUUAAAGAAGUUUUAACUUCUGGGUGUAUAGAUUAAAUUAAAUUUAUGAAGUGAAAUUAUUAUUUUAGUCUUUCCAAAGGCAAGCUUGGUUUCUCCUGCCUUUCAUCAUACAUUAGGCUUGCUGUUCAGAGCUACAGAAGUAAACUUUGCUCUGGAAUGA